AUGAGUAGACGUCAACAUUCUAAAGUGACCUCUGGACUUCACGUUGAUAAACCUGAGCAACCAGAAUUGGCUGAACAUGAUGCAUCGAUUCUCGAUCUUGCAUUUGCAAUGGAUUGUACUGGAUCAAUGGCUUCGUACAUCGAAGGUGCUAAAAAUAACAUUCGUGCCAUUGUCGAAGAAAUUGUGAGAAGCGAAAAGAGUGACGUCCGUUUAGCACUUGUCGAAUAUCGGGACCAUCCUCCUCAAGAUACAACAUUUGUCACUCGUGUACAUAAUUUCACAAAUAGUGUUAACGAGAUGGAAAGUUGGCUUCAAGAAUGUCGAGCAGAGGGUGGCGGUGAUACACCGGAGGCAGUGGCUGAUGCACUUCACGAUAUUAUCAAUCUAUCAUGGCGCCGAGAGGCCACUAGGAUUUGUAUUCUUAUUUCUGAUGCGCCACCACACGGUCUCGAUCCGAAUGGAGACAGUUUCCCGAAUGGAUGUCCUGCUGGUUACGACCCAUUAAGAAUCGCACGAGACAUGGCCGAACAUCGUAUCACCUUGUAUGCAGUCGGUGUUGAACCACCCAUAGUUCGGUAUCGAGAUUUUUUCAUGACCAUUGCCUACAUUACCGGUGGACAAUAUGUUCCAAUGAUUAAUGCGCAAUUAUUAGCUCAAGUAAUUAUUGGUGGCGUACGUGAAGAAAUAACAUUAGAACGUCUUAUGCAAAAUGCCCAGGCAGAUAUUGCUCGUGAAAUACAACAAGCAGAAGAAGAUGGAGUCGAUGAUCGAGAGACAGCGACACGUAUUAAUCAUUAUUUUGCUUCAAGAAAGACGCGUACGAAGCAGAUGCGCAACAAAGCUGGUGCUACGUCAAAAACAGCCGAAGAAUGUUAUUCGAAAUGUGCUGAUAUGUCUGAAAUGGCAUCCAAAUUUAAAACAAUAGAAGUGAAAGAAGUUGAAGAAGAGGAAAGCAAAGAGGAUAUGAACUAUGAACUCGAUGAAGAGGACAUGAGUUUAGAGCAAGCAAAGCGAAUUGUUCAAAAGGCAAAAAGCCGAAAAUAG